CCAUUAAUCUCCCUUCCUCGAAACCAUCACCACCUCUAUCUCUCUCUACUUCUUCCUCUACAAUAAGUUUCUCUAUAUAUACCAUACCACAAAUCAUCAUACAACAUAAUAUUCGUACAUACUUACAUAGUACACUAGACACUAGUCAUUGUGUCUUAAUUUCCCUUUUUAAUUAUUCCAUGGCUUCCACCAUCACACUACUCUUCUUUCUCAUCAUAUUCCCCCUCCUUCUCUUCCUAUACCGCCGAUCUCGCUACCGCCGUCUCCGGUUACCGCCGGGGAGCUUAGGCCUUCCCUUUGUCGGCGAGACCCUUCAACUCAUAUCCGCUUACAAGACUGACAACCCAGAACCCUUCAUCGACCACCGAGUUAACCGCUACGGUCUAAUCUUCACCACCCACAUCUUCGGCGAGCCCACCGUCUUCUCCGCCGACCCGGAAACGAACCGGUUCAUUAUUCUGAACGAAGGGAAACUGUUCGAAUGCAGUUACCCCGGUUCGAUAUCGAACCUCCUUGGAAAACACUCUCUACUCCUCAUGAAGGGUACUCUUCACAAGAGAAUGCACUCACUCACCAUGAGCUUCGCCAACUCCUCCAUCAUCAAGAACCAUCUCCUCCUCGACAUAGACCGUCUCAUACGCCUCAACUUGGAUUCCUGGACCAACUGCGUUUUUCUCAUGGAAGAAGCCAAAAAGAUAACGUUUGAGUUGACAGUGAAGCAGCUAAUGAGCUUUGAUCCAGGAGAAUGGACUGAGACUCUUAGAAAAGAGUACGUUCUUGUAAUCGAAGGAUUUUUCACACUCCCCUUACCUCUCUUUUCUACUACCUACCGUAGAGCCAUCAAGGCAAGAACGAAGGUGGCAGAGGCAUUAACAUUGAUAGUGAGGCAGAGAAGAAACGAAAGCGUGAUGGGGGAGAGAAAGAAUGACAUGCUAGGAGCAUUGUUAACCUCCGGCUACCACUUUUCCGACGAGCAAAUAGUGGAUUUUAUGUUGGCUUUGCUCGUCGCCGGCUAUGAAACCACCUCUACCAUUAUGACUCUUGCCGUCAAGUUCCUCACCGAGACUCCUCUAGCAUUGGCACAGCUCAAGGAAGAACAUGAUCAAAUCAGAGCCAAGAAGAGUUACUCAGAGGCACCUCUGGAGUGGACAGAUUAUAAGUCAAUGGCAUUUACUCAAUGCGUUGUGAAUGAGACUUUGAGGAUGGCAAACAUAAUUGGUGGGAUAUUUAGGAGAGCAAUGACAGACAUUAACAUAAAAGGUUACACUAUUCCAAAGGGAUGGAAGGUCUUUGCUUCAUUUCGUGCUGUACAUCUAAACCCUGAUCAUUUCAAAGAAGCCCGCACCUUCAAUCCAUGGAGAUGGCAGAGUAACGCAGAAGCAACUAGCCCUGGGAAUGUAUAUACCCCAUUUGGAGGAGGGCCACGACUCUGCCCUGGCUAUGAGCUUGCUAGGGUGGUGCUCUCUGUCUUCCUUCACCGCAUUGUUACCCGUUAUAGGUACAUCAUAAAAUUAAACACAGUUGUUGUAUUCCUAAUAAUUUUGUUUCAAUUUUAUGGCAGUUGGUUUCCAGCAGAAGAGGAUAAAUUGGUGUUUUUCCCAACCACUAGGACGCAGAAGAGGUAUCCUAUAAUAGUGAAGCGUAGAGAGGAGUCCAUACCAAGUAAAUUGCCAUGACAGCACAACAUAGUAAAGGGCAAAGAAGAGGAAACAGAGAUUGUAGAUGAGUUUAG